AUGGCGAAAAGGGCAAAGUUUGCGUUCUUCUCUUCCUCAUCUCCUAAAUCUAUUCCUUCUUCUCCUUCUUCAUUCACUUCUUUCCCAGCUUCUCCUCUGAGCCAACACUUCACUCAGUCUACGAUGGAGGAAGCCGUGGAGAAAGCAGAAUCCGUCAUCAGAAAAUGGGAUCCAAACACGCCUUCCUUCACCAAAAUCGUCUCUCUGUUCAACCACAGCAGAAAAGAAGCGAAAGAGUUUAUCAUAUGCGUCCGUGAUUUGCGCAGAGCGAUGCACUUUCUUGUCUCUCAAGACUCUCAAUCUCCCAAGCUUGCUCAGGCACAGACCCUGAUGCAGAUCGCCAUGACGAGGCUCGAGAAAGAGUUUUUCCAGAUAUUAUCUUCAAACAGAGACAGGCUCGAUCCCGAGUCUGUCUCCGGUCAAUCCUCAAUCUCCAGCAAUUCCGAAUUUGAAGAUGUUAUGCAAUCUGAUGACGACGACGACGAUGAAGAGAUGAAGAAAGCUGGCGAAUCGAUCACUCAGGUUGAGAAAGCUUCAGCUGUGGUGAUGUCUGACUUAAAGGCAAUAGCGGAGAGCAUGAUCAGCUGCGGAUAUGGUAAAGAAUGCGUGAAGAUAUAUAAACGGAUCAGGAAAUCGAUAGUAGACGAAGGGCUAAGCUUGCUCGGGAUCGAAAUCUACAAAGGCUCGAGAUUCCACAGAACGGACUGGGUCACGCUCGAGCAUAUGAUCAAGAACUGGAUCAAAGCUGCAAAGAUUGGCGUUGCCACGCUCUUCCGCGGAGAGAAACUUCUCUGUGAUCAUGUCUUCUCUGCUUCAAACUCGACGAGGGAGUCAUGCUUCUACGAGAUUGCGAACGAAGCAGCUACUAACCUUUUCAAGUUCCCUGAGUUUGUUGCCAAGGAGAAGAAAUCGCACGAGAGGAUCUUCUCGCUGAUGGAUCUUCAAGCUGCGAUAUCUGAUCUCUGGCAGGACGUAGAGAUGAUAUUCCACUUCGAUUCAGUAUCUGGCGUGAAAGCUCAGGCGCUCGUUUCGCUUCAGAAGCUAAAGGUUUCGAUACACAGUGCCCUCACGGAUUUUGAAUCGACUAUUCUCAAGGAUUCGACGAAAGCCAUUACACCUGGAGGAGGGAUUCAUAAGCUGACCCGAUCAACAAUGAGUUUCAUCUCUUCCCUUUCUAAACACAGCUCUGUCUUAUCUGAAAUACUUGCAGACCAUCCGCUCCCAAGAAACACCCGCUUGCUCGAAGCUUAUGUCAGAACUCCAAGCUUAGAAGAUGAAGAACAGGAUCACGCACUCUCGGUCCAUUUCGCUUGGCUCAUCCUGGUAUUGCUAUGCAGGCUAGACACAAAAGCAGAGCACUACAAGGAUGUUUCGCUGUCUUACCUCUUCCUUGCAAACAACCUUCACUUCAUCAUCGAAACGGUUCGUUCGAGUCAACUCAGUGAUCUCCUUGGAGAUGAUUGGCUCAGUAAGCACGAUGAUAAACUUAGCGCUUACGCUGGGAAUUAUGAGAUAGCAGCGUGGUCCAACGUUUUCAUGUCUUUGCCAGAGGAACCUACAGACUUAUCACCAGAGGAGGCCAAAAUAUACUUCAGAAGGUUUCACACAGCGUUUGAGGAAGCAUAUAUGAAACAAUCGUCACGAGUUGUACCAGAUUCGAAACUUAGGGACGAGCUUAAGGUCUCUGUAGCUAAGAAACUUGUACCGGAAUACAGAGAGUUUUACAGGAAGUACUUACCAAUGCUCGGCCAGGAGAGAAACAUUGAGAUCCUUGUGAGGUUCAAGCCAGAUAACUUGGAGAAUUACAUCUCUGAUCUGUUCCACGGAACAGCAAUACUUGCCUCAUCUUCUUUUUCUUCAGCUUCUUCUUCGUCUUCCUCAUCAUGGAUGUCACUUGGAUGUGUUUCAGGCUGA